AUGACCAGUAAAGUUGCGGUUUCUGUCGUCUUGAUGGCCACGAUUUGGAUGGUGAGUCUUAUUUUUGAGCUAUAAUUAUUAUUGUGCGUUUAUUUUUUGUUUCAAGUCAUAUAUCUUUCUCUGAGUUUUCAGAAAGUCUAAAGAUUUUUUGAAUGUGUAAAUCAACUAGUCGUUUCUCAAAGUACUUUGCAGCCGUAGUACAAAAACUUUGCAAAAACGAGAUCAGAAUUUUUUUUUCUUGUUUCAAGAAUUGUCCGAGUUUUAUGUUAUAAAGUUUCGAAACCGCUCUUCCAGGUGAAAACCGCGCCAACAGUGGUCCCAGUGACUCCAGCGACCACUUCUCCCAUUGAACCAAGACCUGUUCGAGCAAUUCCAGUGCAAUCCGACAAUGGAACACUCGUCGAAAGGCCUUUGGAAGACGGUAAGACAUGUUUCUGAUUGAAACAAAAGCUUCAAAGUAAAAACUUUCUUGAGUCGAUCGCUAACUAGAAAUGUCAAUUUUCGAAAGCUUACUGUCUACAGAAGUUCACUUGGGAUGAAUUUCCAGACUUAAUUCGAAGGAAUACUUACUGACGAAAUCUAAGAAGUUUACCAUAUCCAGUAACUUCUAUAUUUUCAUCCUAGUUUUUGGAUUGCUUCCAAAAUCCAUUCUAGUUUUUUGCCAGUUUUCUAAACAACAAGCUACUCUCCAAAUGAUUCUGACCUUCAGAACUCCACCACGUCGAGGAGAAGUCUUCCGAAGCGAUGGACGACGCAGAAACGGCCGGCAACGCUUGGCACAACGCCAAGACCGAAAUGGACAACGCUCUCUGA